AUGCCCGCCAAAAAAGUCCUCAUAAUCCUGAGCGACGCCGACUCCUUCCCGCUCAAGAAAACCAGCGGCCAAGAAGCCGGCAAGAUAGUCGACCAACCCUCCGGCUUCUUCCUCAUGGAACUAGCCAAACCACUCCAGAAACUGCUCGACGCCGGAUACGAAGUCACCUUCGCGUCACCCAAGGGCCAAGAGCCCACGCCCGACCCCAACAGUGAAUCGCUGCUCGCUUUCGCGGGCAACUUCUACGAACGCCGGCGCGAGCACGAGUUGAUUGAUCGCAUGAAGCGCGAGAACGGGUUCAGUCACCCGCGGACCUUCAGCUCCAUCAGCGAUGCCGAGUUGGAUUCCUUUGCUGGCGUGUUCAUCCCCGGUGGACACGCGCCGUUGAGAGAUCUGGGUGCGGAUCCGCAUCUCGGUCGCAUCUUGCGAUUCUUCCAUGCCAAGAGUCGGCCCACGGCUGCUAUUUGUCAUGGGCCGUUUGCGUUCUUGAGUACUAAGCUUGCUGGGGAGGGUGAUUUUGUGUAUAAGGAUUAUCGGAUCACCUGCUGGAGUGACGCCGAGGAGAAGAUGAUGGAGACCAUCAUGGGUGGGGAGAUCGAGAAGGUGGAAUCCGAUCUUCGGAAUGAAGGCGCCAUUAUGGUCGAAGGAGUGAAGGAGAAGAUUGGCAGCGUUACGGUGGAUCGAGACCAGUUUCUGCAAAUGUUGAGUCCCUGCGACCAACCUUCCCUGACAAUGACAGCCAAAUCCUUCAAGACGAUCCUCUACCAAAAGUCCCCGGACGGGAAGAUCGCAUAUAUAACCCUGAACCGUCCGGACCGCUUCAAUGCGAUUGACGCGCACCUGCCAAGAGAUCUCCGGGACGCAGUCCAACUAGCGAACGCAGACCCUACGGUACACUGCAUCAUCCUGAAAGGAAACGGGCCCGGAUUCUGCGGCGGCUAUGAUCUGGAUAUCUACGCGCAGAACGCGCAGCGCGGCGAAACGCAUGGAUCACAGGAUCUGUCGAAGGGAUACGACCCAUUAGUCGACUACACGAUGAUGAAGGCGAACACUGAAUGUUUCUCGGAACUGUUCCACAGCCACAAGCCGACCAUCGCACAGGUGCAUGGUGCAGCCGUGGCGGGCGGGAGUGAUAUCGCCCUGUGCUGUGACUUGGUCAUCAUGGCGACAGAUGCGCGCAUCGGCUAUCCGCCGAGUCGCGUCUGGGGUUGUCCGACGACCGCCAUGUGGGCGUACCGCGUCGGAGUCGAGAAGGCUAAACGGAUGCUCUUCACUGGUGACUUGAUCAGCGGCGCUGAAGCGGCGAAGAUGGGCCUUGUCUUGAAAGCUGUGCCUCAGGAGCAGUUGGAGGAAACCGUUCUGUUGCUGGCAAACCGCAUUGCGUCGGUCCCGCAAAAUCAGCUCUGGAUGCAAAAGCAGGUUAUUAAUGGUCUUAUCGAUGGCCCUCUUCUUCAAAGCCAGAAAUUGGCUACGAUCUUCGAUGGCAUCACCCGUAACUCCCCGGAAGGUGUCGCAUUCCAGGAACUAAGCCAAGAGAAAGGAUUCAAGGCUGCCGUGAAGGAACGCGAUGGCCCGGGGAGGUCGGAGAGGUAUCGGAAGGUGUGGAAGAGUGUUCUAUAG